AUAUCGUGGGCGCACGUAUCGUUUUCACCUCGCUCCAUCCAGAGCUCUCUUUUUUUUUCUCUCUCUCUCUGCCCGCCCCACCCUCUCCUGGUACCCGCCCAUCUACCCAGUGCAUGGCUGCUGCUGUUGGUCGUCACUGGCACAUUGCUACUGCUGGGGGGAGGAGCGAAAGGCCAGACAAACCGCCACACACGCCGGAGCCGUGGUAAUCCACGUGCCCGAGCGGCGCUUUACACAACGCCAUGAUGCAAUAUCUGGAUAUGGAGGCGCUAUCGUGGCUCUGCGUGGCGUGGGGCGUGCUGGAGCUAGGUUUCAUCGCGGUGAUCAUGCUGUAUCUGGUUCCGAGGAUGAACCGCCUCGAGGCUCCGGCCAAGUACCCGAUUGACGGCAAGCGGCUGAUACACAAGAUCCUAGAGACGGUGGACUGGCUCUCCGAACAGGAGGACGCCGACACGACUUUCGAGUCCUUCUUGAGCGGCUGGUUCCUUGGGGCGGACUGCUCCGAGCUUAAGCGGGGUAACUUAGUGGUGUUUCUGGCAUGGACUCUCUAUGCCAAGGAGGUGGACGCGCUGUCAAAGGCAGAACGGAAGAACGUCAUGAGCAUGGUUAAGGUAAUAGAGGGGCGCCUUGGCCGCACCAUGGAGCCGGGCUUCAACGAGCGAGUGAAGUGCAUCCGCCACACUCUCGACCGUGUCGUCCCCUUCUCCCACCGGCCCCUGGCCCUCUACGCGGUCCUCGGCCUGGCCCGCGCCCUUGUCCGGAUCGCUCUCGUCCUCUGCGGCUUUCGCCGGAGGCUCGCCCCGUGCGGCUCCUUCAUGUAUUGGCACCGGCAAGCGCCUCCGUCUGGGGCGGCGGCGGCGGUGGCGGCGAUGCCGGGGAAAACGGCGGGUCCUGGGCCUAUCGUUUUUUUUCACGGGGUGGGAGCGGGCCUGCCGUUCUACGUCCUGGCGCUCUGGAAAUUGUGCCGGCACCGGACCUCCAUAAUCGUGGAGGCCCCCUCCAUCAUGAUGAGCCUCGCCCUCCUGAGGGGACACACGCCCCCCUCCGAGGACCAGCUGGUGGAGAGCGUGGAAGGGAUCUUGGAGAGGCACGGGGUGAAGCGGGCGGCGUUUUUCGGGCACAGCUUCGGGAGCAUCUCGGUCGCCUGGAUGGCCAGACGGAAGCCGCAUCUGGUGUCCCAGAUCGUGCUGCUCGACCCGGUGUGCCUGCUGCUGUUCCUGCCCAACGUGGCGAGGUCGUUCCUCUUCCCGGACACAGACGGCAUGCCUCUGCACGAGAGGCUGAUGCUUCACCUCGUCACCAGGGAGAAGGGGAUCUCACACACCCUCCGGAGGCACUUCUGGUGGUACGCGAACGUCAUGUGGCCGGAGGAUAUCCAGUGCCCCAUCGUGGUAGGACUAGCCGGACAGGACAAGAUCGUGCCCUGCAAGCCCCUCCGCCGGUAUCUUCUCUCGCACAGCACCUUUGCGACAUGCCCUUCCUGCCCCUCCGGACAAAACAUGAGCUCCGUCGAUGGCUUAAUCAACCGCGGGGCAGGCGGCAGCAACGGUAAGCACAUCAACGAAAGCUUCGUCAGUAGUGGUGGGACCGGAGAUGGCAGUCUUCGAAUUGGGAGCGGCUGGACACCAGCGGGUGGCGGCGGUGGCGCCAGGGGUUUCGUCACGAACGUGAACGGCAACAACAGGUGCAAGGUCCACAAGUGCAUCGGCGGUUACAAGUGUAACGGUCACGGUGGUCCCGCUGCGUCUCACGGUUCCGCCGCGCGUCCCGGCGGAUUCGUUUCGGCCACAAACGGCGGCGGCCACGUCAGCAAGGCCGCGGUGUUGGGUCAAUCCCCGGAGGCGGCAGGUAAGCAGGGGAUUACUAAGGCCAUGGGUGACGGUAGUGAUUCCGGCGGCGACGGCGUCAUCAAGAGGGUGGAGAUUGUCUAUUGGACGGAUGCAGGGCACGGAAACGUGCUGGGGGACCCAUGGGCGCUGGACGAGUUUGUGCGGGUGGCCACGGCUCAAGGAGCGGCGCUCUCGGUCAACUAGAUUCGACUCGAUCGUGAUCGGGGGUUGUCUCUGGUCGCAUUCGUGAAGCGCAAGCGUUAUAGACGGAAGGACGAGCGGUGGGAUGAGGGAAAUAAGGGUUUCCGUCCUCGUAGACGGGAAAAUUUCGUUGCCGGGCUUGACACUGACGAGCGUCGGCUCCUCAGAAACGAUCGUAGUCAGCUUGACAGAGCCGGGGUGGGAAUGGGGUGCCUGACUCGUGUAUUGGCCUCCGCGGUUGUUGUCGAAGAUGCCAUUUUGGUUGCGACGUCGAUGCCCCAGCCCCACGUCACGCGUGCGCUUGUCGCUGGAGGCUUAGGCGCACCUUGAGUUAUCUGAUGUGCCCUGGCCACCGCUCGCGAUCGCGAAGUGCACGUGCGCCGUGAUAGAUUAACCUAGAGUACAAUAGAAGUGGUCCUAACACACAGUUAUUUAAGUCCCAUCAGUAGAAGACAUGGUUCAGCCGUAGCGCUUUUCCAGGCGGACCGCGGUAUUCACCAAGGGAGCUCUCGGGGGCAGCGAGCUACUGCUGUCUUGGUGACUGACUGCUGACUGGGUCUGCAUCUUGCCUGUGGUCCCCAAGCGGCCCGAGCUGGCUGCACCACCUAGGUUACGGACAGCCCACUGCCCACAAGGCCGCUCCCGUAAGAGCAGCACUCUAUAAUUAGCACAGCCGCAUAUAAAUAGGUCUGUUCACUCGACGUGGGGGUAGGCGACCCUUCCCUAUCCACCGCAUGACCCCUUCUUUCGAAUAGAGGUGUGUUGUCGAUAGAUGAGGCCAUAGAAGAGGGGAUGAUGUUUUCUCCCUCUUUUUCUUUUUUUUGUUUCUUUGUUUGGAUGCUGGGGUCGAGGCUUGCGGAUGAUGACUCGCACAACGCCUUCUACUACGAUAGCUCGUCGCACAGAGCCCCAGUGUUUUGUCCUUUAACGCGUGUAGGUACAUCCUUGUUUCGUGGGCAGACUUCAUUUUUUGGUGGUCUCGCUUUCGAAACAACGUACUUGACUGAAGAUUGUGCGUUGUGGUCGUUUCUGCUUGAGAGAUACGGGCACUUGGCUUCAUUUUCCGCCAUGAAGAUGAACCAUAUCUUUGGUUUAAUUUUAGACAGACGCUUGCAAAUGUCCCUGUCCAUUCGUCUAUGCACAAGAUUCUCCUUGUUGCAGGGGGCAAUCCUUUGCGAGUAGCUGGCCAGCCACGUAUCAGAGGCCUCUCGAGAUGGUUUACAGGUGCCUUUUUUGCGAGGAAAUUUCCCGCUUGUUGGAGGGUAAUGUUGCAGCCUGUACGGGCAGCAUUACCGUUCGUUGCACAUGCCUGGAGUAUAACGAACCCAGCGCUCGCCCUGCGAGCGCACGUUAUGCUUCUUCGGGGCACAUUAAAGUACCACUGCUGUGUUCAGCGAUAGGAUUUGAAUUGAAGCGCUUCGUCUCAAAGAACAGACACCAUCCACCACACAACAAGGGCCAGGACUCUUAAGUUGUUUCUCUCGUUCUAGCUACGUUACGUUGGUCUUCUCUUGAUCUCCCGGGGGUGGGUCUUGCGGGCGGUAUGAGUCAAUGACCGCUAGUCGUUUCUCUUCCUGCGGCGAGCAGCCCCGUAUGGAUGGGUGUUGUGGCUGUUUGGUCUUGGUUUUAUUGUCGUUCGUGUAGU